ACGUAUUGGCUCGUCUCCCCUAGUUCACCUCUAACCGAUCUCAAUCAUGUGCCUAUAUGAAGCGCACGCUCAAGUGAAAAUCUACUGUGAUAUCUUCCUGAGGUGACAACCUAGCAUUUUGAUUUUAUAUUCAGUUUAAAUAUAUCAUGUAAAAUGGUUGUAGGCAAAAUUUUAAAACCAAUCUCAACGAUUGGAUUGUAUCGAACUCCAUUUAGGUAUAGCCUGGCAUACUACUUCCAAUUCAUAUUGAACGCCAUGCCAUCACUGAGAUCUCCAUCCAAACAUCCCCACACAAACGAGUUUUGAAAAUGUCAGUCCACCUCCCGAGACAAGCAAACAUUGCUCACAUGUUCACCUCUUUGCAUCAGUUGUCCUCCAUUGUUAGCCCAUUUCUGCUCCUCAAGUGUCCCAGAUAUCCUCGAGGUGCUUCACAUAGAAGGACGCUUACAGGAGGACCCGCCUCUUUCAAAGCCACACUUAAUGUCUCCACUAGGAUCAGUCAGAGCUCUCCUGUUUUAAUCCCACUCGAUGAUGAAGAAGAAGCGGCGGCAGCAGCGAAGGAUAUGCACAUUCCUUUGGAUAAGCUUUUCAUUCCUCCCGGAGUGGAUGCAUCACAGCUGCAGAAGGCCAAGAGAUUACAGGGAUCAAACAUAGUCCUGAGCCCUUAUGCCAAGGGUUCUCAGAUAAAGCAGGCUGAGUUUAUAAAGAGCAGCUCAAGUGUGGAGGAAUGCCCCGCCAAUGGGUAUCCCGAGUUUGCUCUGGUGGGUCGUUCCAAUGUGGGCAAAUCUUCUCUUGUCAAUGCACUGGUCAGGAGGAAACAGUUGGCAAUGACUUCCAAGAAACCAGGGAAGACACAACUGAUAAAUCAUUUCUUGAUUAAUGAUAGCUGGUACUUGGUGGACUUACCUGGAUAUGGGUAUGCAAUUGCUCCUCAUGCAGUCCGGACUGAUUGGAAUGAAUUUACAAAAGAUUACUUUCUGAGCAGGAAAACUUUAGUCUCUGUGUUGCUACUGAUUGAUGCCAGCAUCCCUGCCAAACAAAUUGAUAUUGACUGUGCUACUUGGCUUGGGCAAAAUAAGAUUCCAAUGACUUUUGUAUUUACAAAAUGUGACAAAAGGAAGAAGAAAAAAGGUGGCAAUAAACGACCAUCAGAAAAUGUUAAUGACUUCCAAAAUUUGAUUAGAGAGUUCUUUGAAGAAACUCCCCCAUGGAUAAUGACAAGCAGUGUCACCAACCAAGGAAGGGAUGAAAUGCUGCUACAUAUUGCACAGUUGAGAAACUACUGGUUAGCACACUAGCCAGAUAUAGUGGGAGCAUUUUAAGAAUAUAGAAAACCAAGGCUGCUCAAAUGUACGUUAUGUCACUCUCAGAGAUUACAUGAAGAUACCUUUUGGAUGUCAUGGAUUCUUGAAGUUGAGAUAACUGAACCUAUGUCUCAGAUCAAUUAUGUAUAUUCUGAAAAAUUCACAGAUGCAGGUGGAUUGGACUUGAUACUCUCAGGACCUUCUGUUUUUUGUGACAUAGUCACAGGUUACCGUCACUUUUGGCUGUGCUAGUCUGAUUGACAAGUAUGAGCGAAUCCUUUACAACAAUGUGAGGUCAAAGAUACGAGUUGUUGGGAAAUCUCUUGGUAAAAAGAAGAGAUUCACUUAUCAAUUGCAAGCAGAUUGGGGCAUCUGCAAGAAUUCAUUCAACUGAAAAGGAAAAUGAUGGGAAAUAAAUUUAAUCUUCGUGCAUUUAUUUUGUGAUAAUUUGUCAAAUCGUAAUUUUUUUAAUCAGUAUGGUUUUGAAGCUCUUUA